ACAAACUGUCACGUUGCUGUGCUGGGAAAUAGUAUGUAGUACAGAACAAUCUGUAUUCUGUGGCUGUUGCUGUUGAAUAAGAAUUGAGUUUUUGUCGAAAACAUGGAGGAAAGUGUUGCUCUAGACUCAUCUCAACAAAAGAAAUUUGUUAAAUCUGUAAAAGGAAUAAAGAAGUUACUCAAGAAAAGUGAUAAAACACCUGGAGAUCCUAAACCUGAAGUAGUAAAUGAAAAACGUAAUAAAGUUAAAAAAGGUAGAAAAGCUAUAAGGCGAAAAAGUCGUGGUUUAGUGUAUUUGUCCCACAUUCCUCAUGGCUUUUAUGAGCAACAAAUGACUGAAUAUUUUAAACAGUUUGGAGUAGUAACUAAUGCUAGAGUGAUAAGAUCAAGGCGCACUGGCAACUCUAAGGGAUUUGCCUUCGUUGAGUUCAGAGAGCCUGCUGUUGCUGAAAUUGUGGCAGAAACAAUGAAUAACUAUCUUAUGGGGAAAAGAUUAAUAAAAGCUGUAUAUAUCUCACCUAAUAAGCAAAAAGUACAUGCUUUGAGAAAAAAAUGGAAUACUCUAAAGAAUCCUUCAAGUGAUGAAAGAUUAAUGUUCAGAAAGCUACACAAUGCAGAUAAAAAUGAGGCACAGGAGUUAAAAAUAGCACGAAAGCUAUUAUCAAAUUUGUCAAAAACUAAGCAGAAAUUAAGUAAUCUUGGUAUUGACUAUGAUUUCUUCAAGCCAGUUGAUGUUCCAGAAGCUUUGAUUGAUAAGGUGGAUGAUGUUAUAGCACAAACAGAUAAGAAAGAGGUGAAAAAUGAAUCAAAUGAGUUUAAGUCAAAUGACACAUUAAAAGCAGCAGUUAAAACUGAAUCAGAAGAUACAAAUGGUAAUCUGAAGACCAAAAAAACAAAGAAAAAGCAGCUUAAGCAAAAUCAAACAGAGAAAAGCAAUAAAGCAAACCCAAAUGAAGCUUUCAUUAAAAAAGCCAAUCUAAAAAUUGAAAAAGGAAAGCUGGAAGACAAAAAUAAACCAACCGAAAAGGAUGAGAACAAUCAGAUUAAAAAAACAAAUAUCAUGGAAAAGAAAUUAAAAAAGAAAGCAGGUGUACCUGAGAAUUUUAUAAACAUCAAGGAAUCUGUUGAUAGUGAUAGUAGCAUUGAUUUUGAUUCUGAUGAAUUCGAGAAGAUGAUAGAAGAGGAAAAUAAUGAUGACUUAUCUAGUAAUGAGAAUAGUGAACCAGAAGAUGAGAAAAUAAAAAAAAUAAUCAAAAUUCAGCCUAAACAGAAUGCUAAGGGUGCACAAAAUAAGGGAAAAGCCAAACCAUAUUUACAAGCUCCAAAGAAACAAGACAAAGAAAAUGCAAAUGUAAAAAGUCAGUCUCUUGUAAAAAGAAGUAACCCAGAAAAUGCACCAGUAACCACUAAGAAGGCAAAAUUUGGGAAGCAAAUAAGCAAAAAGCCACUCAAUAAAGUGAUCAAGAGACGAAAAUAAGUUAAAUCUUUAUUUAUGUGAUUGUUUUAUUUUGAAAUCAUUAAAGAAAAAGAUUCCAACGCAAUUUA